AGGGUCACCGACAAAGGGAUACCGACUAAAAAAAAAAAGUCCAUCAGAAUUGGACUCGCCUGCUUCAGUCGCGGAAAGGGCCGUUUCAGGGGGUAGAGCCGCCAGCAACAGCAGCGACGGCCAGUAUUGACCCCCCAGGUGGCUGUCUUCCAUCCAUCACCAUUGAGGCGUGGCAGAAGCGCUCGAAGUUGUGUCGGGCACCGCGCUCUGAGCCAAAUAUUCUGGGUGAGGCUCUCCUCAUACAUGGGGGCCACUGCCCGAACACGUCUUGACGUAGGGCCGACGCGCCCAAAGCCGUAAUGGUGACUGCGUUUCAGUCCAGCCCCGGAGGUUCGUCCGAAUCGCCCAUGGAGAGGCCGCCGGAGCGUGCUCAUCGAGCGUGCGAAAAAUGCACGCGUACCAAGAAGAAGUGCGACAAGGCGCUGCCAGAAUGCAGUCGCUGUCAAAGACUUGCCUCGGAAUGCAGCUACGACUACGUAUUCACCGCUCCUACCACGGCUAUUGUCGACCCAGGAACUCAUGGCUCGGGAGGGAGCCCCCAUGACCACAUGGCGGGCACGCCGCGCUUCAACAUCUUUGACACCGAUCUAGAGCUGCCGUCGGCCAUGAUCAUGAGCCUGUUCAACGCCAAGGGCUUCUCCUGGCACGAGGCUGUGGCGCUUUACUUCCGGACGACAAACCUGUGGCUGUCUGCUGUCCAUGAACAGCGCUUCCGCCAGAAGUUGGAAAGGCUGGAUAGGAACGGCUUACCCCGGGAGCCUGAGAUGGCGUUGCUCGUCGUGUGCAUGCACCUCGUCACGCAGCACGCGGACUCGGGCCGCCCCGUCAUGCCGGAUGGAAAGGAGAUGCUGAGCCUACCGGCCUAUGUGGUGGCCAAGCGAGUCUUCAGUAUACUCCGUGGCCUGGGCGCUCCGAGCAUUGAGAUUGUGCAGUCGGCAACCUUACUGUGUCUCUACGAGUUUGGCCACGGCGACUUCCCAAGAGCCUACGUUACGGUAGGAGAUGCUUAUACGACGGCGGCUUCCAUGGGGAUUCGACCAGGGAAAUAUCGAGAGGCAGAGAGGGACUGGGCCGUACCGCCGGAAGAUGAAGAGAAAUGGGACUUGUACUGGGCAAUGCUCAUUGUCGAUCGCCUCAUACGAUUUGAAAGGCGCUUGAUGUGGAAGGAGUUCCAUGUCCCAUCCCCCGUUGAGGAUGACCUGUUGCCAACCACCAACCAUGUUUGGAAUGAACAAACAAGAAGUCCAGCCCGGAUCGUGCAGCGACAUCCGGCUGGCAUAUCCCCGUCAGUCCCGUUAGGUGCUUUCCAGCGCAACUGCCAAUGUGCCAUACUGUCGACCCGCGCUUUGGUUUGGCAGACCGAAACGUAUCACUCGGGGAGACCACCGAGUGUCGCAUCCUUUGCCGAACUGGACGUCGCUACCAGAUCGCUCGUAGAGGCUAUGGUCCUGCAAGCCUCUACCUGGGGCGAAUACUACGAGUGCUUUGCUACGUGUACAUGCCUCCUCCUACUACUAUACUGCUCCUAUCUCUGCACCAUCCGUCCCGCCGAGAUACACACAAACACCAACAACCUAGAGGUUCUCAAAGCCAUUGCCGGCAUUAAUUUCACUAUCCGCAUCAUCGCCGACACCACCCGCGAUCUCAACCAGCAUCUUGCGCGCCAACCCGAGAUGCUGGCAACCUGCUCCCCCGUCACGCCCUAUUCGGCCUAUCACAGCCUUGCCGCGCUGAGCAACUUUGAGCACGUCAUCUGGGAGGCGGACACGAGGUUCCAUGAUAUCUACAGCACCCUUCACUUCUUCGCAAAGAGGUGGGGUGUAGCAGGACAACUCGUGAAGCGCAUUGAGGAGUUUUUGGGAAGAAAGGACGAGGAGGAGGCCCCUUUGCUUGACUUUUCGUUCCUAUCGAGGACGUGAUCCUUGAUGACCUGCGGCUACGAAGAAGUUGGACAUCGUAUGUUAGCCUGCUGAGAAAGCUAUUUACCAGGGCAGUUGAAUAGAAUAGCGACUACAAGUCACGAGGCAUUGUACCCAUGCGU